GUGGGGGGUUGGCUGAGGGGGAUUAAAGGGUCCCCAGCAGCAAGAGGUGGGGGAGGCACCAGAUGGUAUGAGAGCUUCCAGGGAGACCCGCCAAGAUCUCUAGGCAGGCCGGGCCAGGCUCUCUGGGAUUCCGUACUGGCUUCGCCCAACUGGAACCCCCUCGAUGAGGGGGCCUCGGGCAGACCUUAUAUGAGCAUCCCAGCCAUCACUCUUCCACCUGCUCCUUAGAGAAGGGAAGAUGAGCGAGUCGAGCUCGAAGUCCAGCCAGCCCUUGGCCUCCAAGCAGGAAAAGGACGGCACUGAGAAGCGGGGCCGGGGCAGGCCGCGCAAGCAGCCUCCGAAGGAGCCCAGCGAAGUGCCAACACCUAAGAGACCUCGGGGCCGACCAAAGGGAAGCAAAAACAAGGGUGCUGCCAAGACCCGGAAAACCACCACAACCCCAGGAAGGAAACCAAGGGGCAGACCCAAAAAACUGGAGAAGGAGGAAGAGGAGGGCAUCUCGCAGGAAUCCUCGGAGGAGGAGCAGUGACCCAUGCGUGCCGCCUGCCCCUCACUGGAGGAGCAGCUUCCUUCUGGGACUGGACAGCUUUGCUCCGCUCCCACCGCCCCCGCCCCUUCCCCAGACCCACUAUCACCACCGCCUCUGGCCGCCACCCCCAUCUUCCACCUGUGCCCUCACCACCACACUACACAGCACACCAGCCGCUGCAGGGCUCCCAUGGGCUGAGUGGGGAGCAGUUUUCCCCUGGCCUCAGUUCCCAGCUCCCCCCGCCCACCCACGCAUACACACAUGCCCUCCUGGACAAGGCUAACAUCCCACUUAGCCGCACCCUGCACCUGCUGCGUCCCCACUCCCUUGGUGGUGGGGACAUUGCUCUCUGGGCUUUUGGUUUGGGGGCGCUCUCUCUGCUCCGUCACUGUUCCCUCUGGCUUCCUGUAGUGGGACCUGGGAGGGUUCCCCUGGCCUUAAAAGGGGCCCAAGCCCCAUCUCAUCCUGGCCCGCCCUACUCCACUGCCCUGGCAGCAGCAGGUGUGGCCAGUGGAGGGGGUGCUGGCCCCAGGAUUCCCCCAGCCAAACUGUCUUUGUCAUCACAUGGGGCUCACACUUUUCAUCCUUCCCCACCUUCCCUAGUCCCUGCACUAGGUUGGGCAGCCCCCUUUGGCUCCAGGAAGGCAGGAGGGGUGUGUCCUUACUCCCGCUUCACUGUGGCCACAGCCCCCUUGCCCUCCGCCUGGGAUCUGAGUACAUGUGGUGGUGAUGGAGAUGCAGUCGCUUAUUGUCCAGGUGAGGCCCACGAGCCCUGUGGCCGUCACCUGAGGUGGGCUGGGGCUGCUCCCCUCACCCUACUUUGCUUCCGCCACUCAGCCAUUUCCCCCUCCUCAGAUGGGGCACCAAUAACAAGGAGCUCACCCUGCCCUCUCCCAAUCCCCCUCCUGCUCCUCCCUGCCCCCCAAGGUUCUGGUUCCAUUUUUCCUCUGUUCACAAACUACCUCUGGACAGUUGUGUUGUUUUUUGUUCAAUGUUCCAUUCUUCGACAUCCGUCAUUGCUGCUGCUACCAGCGCCAAAUGUUCAUCCUCAUUGCCUCCUGUUCUGCCCACGAUCCCCUCCCCCAAGAUACUCUUUGUGGGGAAGAGGGGCUGGGGCAUGGCAGGCUGGGUGACCGACUACCCCAGUCCCAGGGAAGGUGGGGCCCUGCCCCUAGGAUGCUGCAGCAGAGUGAGCAAGGGGGCCCAAAUCGACCAUAAAGGGUGUAGGGGCCGCCUCCUCCCCCUGUUCUGUUGGGGAGGGGUAGCCGUGAUUUGUCCCAGCCUGGGGCUCCCCCUCUGGUUUCCUAUUUGCAGUUACUUGAAUAAAAAAAAAUAUCCUUUUCUGGA